GCGGAGGGCGAGGCGGCGGCGGCGGCGGCGGCGGCGAUGGCCCCGUGGCUGCGCUCGGCCGGGCUGGUGGCCGGCUCGACGCUGGCCUUCGCGGCCCUCCGGUGGGCGCUGAGCCGCUGCCCGCUGCCCGCCCACGUCCGCCGCGAGGCCACGCGCACCUGGCGCUGGAGGAACCUGCUCGUCUCCUUCGCCCACUCCGUGGUGGCCGGGCUCUGGGCCGUCGUCGGGUUGUGGCAGCUGCCAGGGGCCUUCGAUGACCUGGUGGAGACAACCUCCCCUUCGGUUCACCUGUUGCUGUGCUUUUCCACAGGUAAGAAGCCUCUUCAAUGGAGGGGGAGGGGGUGUCUCCAAGGGGG